AUGCUUUCAUCAAGAGCAUCAACCAAACUUUGCGCGCCUCGAACCGGCGCAGCCCAGCUCGUCCGGGCAGCAGCAACCACUUACAAAAUCGGCGCCUCCUCCUCACACACCCUCUACUACCCAGCAAGCCUCCGAAUCCAGCAGCAGCAGCACAGCAACUUCUCGACGACGCCCGCCGCCCAGCUCCGGGACUUCUUCCCCGCCAAGGAGACGGAGCAUAUCCGCACGACCGCGCCGGCAUGGCCGCACCCGGGGUACACGGAGCAACAGAUGCGGGACAUCGUCCCGGAUCACCGCGUGCCACGCACCGUCGGCGACUGGGCCGCGUGGAAGUUUGUCCGUCUGGCCAGGUGGUGCAUGGACAGAGCCACGGGCCUGGGCGCGGACCAGCAGGUCGACAAGAAGAACCCGACCACGGCGUUGACUGCCGACAAACCGCUCACCGAGGCGCAAUGGCUGGUGCGGUUCAUCUUUCUCGAGAGUAUUGCCGGAGUCCCGGGCAUGGUCGCCGGCAUGCUUCGUCAUCUUGGUAGCCUGCGGCGCAUGAAGCGCGACAAUGGCUGGAUCGAGACUCUCCUGGAAGAGAGCUUCAACGAGCGCAUGCAUCUCUUGACCUUUAUGAAGAUGUCAGAGCCGGGCUGGUUCAUGAAGACCAUGAUCCUUGGCGCUCAAGGCGUUUUCUUCAAUGGCAUGUUCUUGUCGUACCUGGUCUCGCCCAAGAUCACCCACCGUUUCGUCGGGUACCUUGAGGAGGAGGCCGUCCACACGUACACCAGGUGUAUCCACGAGAUCGACCAGGGCCUGCUGCCGAAGUGGUCCGACCCCAAGUUCGAGAUCCCCGACAUUGCGGUGCAGUACUGGAAGAUUCCAGAGGGGCACAGGACGAUGAAGGAUCUGAUCAUGUACAUCAGAGCUGAUGAGGCUGUCCAUCGUGGCGUUAAUCACACUCUGAGUAACCUCAACCAGAAGGAGGACCCGAACCCCUUCGUCAGCGAAUACAAGGACGGCGAGAAACCCAACGCAGCGCUGAAGGCUCAGGGUUUCGAGCGGGAAGAGGUUAUCUGA